CUAUGAUCUAAGUACCUGGCAUGAAUAGGAAUCAAGUAAUUUAAAAAAGAAGAAUUUGUUAGUAUAACACUAGUUUAUGUCACAGAUGUCAUUAUUUCUUGGUCAAGUGUAGUCGCCAUUUGUGAAAAGUCUCAAUUAUCAUUUGAAGAUAUUUUCACAAUGCUACCUGGGAAUGUUGAUCCAAGAAGACCCGACAAAGUGCAAAGAUAUAAACCUAGCCCAGUUAGUUCGAAUGGUCAAGGCGAAGAUCUCACCCCCGACUAUAUGAAUAUUUUGGGUCACCAGGCGACCACGGCAAAUGCAGUGGAGUCCCAUGAAAUAAAUGCUGGUGGUGAACCCCAAAUGGAGGAGCCCCAUGAAGACAGUCAUGAGUGUGUACCAAUAACCACUACUAAUGCUACUAACGUGAUACCCACAAGCCCUCAAUAUGGUGUUGCGAUUAUUUCCAAUACUGGUAUAACAUCAACAGAAAUUUCUUCAGAAAAUACCAUGCCAUCAACGGAAUUAGCUCCAGACACCCUCUCUAAACCGUUAGAUGAAAUCAAGGAUCCUCAGUCAACUCCCAGUAGGAAUGAUAGGUUUAAAGUAGUGAAAAUUGCUAGUUUAGAACCUUUCAAAAGAGGUAGGUGGAAAUGCAUGGAUUAUGUGGAUGAAGUACCACCACAGACUAGCCAACCUUCAAAAUUAACUCAGUCAGCCGGAAAUCUCCAAGUGGGUGGGAUUUAUAUGCAAACUCAAAGCUUGCCCCCUCAGCAAAUCCAGCAAAUCUUGAUGCAAGGAGGUUACACCAAUGGCACCCAAUUUUUUCAAAACGUUCCAACACAAAUGUUACCUCAAACUCAAUAUUUUUAUCCUCCUGGAACUAGUAUACCUCAACAAAACAUUCAACAGCAGAUUGUGAAUUCAGCAGGAGUGCCAAGCAGUAUGCCUACCCAGUUCAUCAAUUCUUCCCAACAAUAUUUUCAGCCACACAUGGUUCCAAAUUCCACUACUUUCACGAUACCUCAAAAUUAUCAGAAUAUUCAGUAUGUACCAGCCAACAUGAUACAAAGCCAGAACAGUGCUUUUGUACCUACUUCACAGAGCAUUCAGUUACCUAUGAAUUUCCAGCAAAGUCAGACAUUUGCUGGGCAACCUAAUAUGGGACAGGCUAACAUCUCACAGCCUAUAGUGAAUGGUCAUGCCUUUCCCCAACAAAAUGAACAAAAUGCGAAUAGUUUACCGACGCAAACAGCCAAAAAUGUAAUUAUGAACUCAACAGUUCAACAGCCAGCUGUGGCGACUCAGUCUCAAAUGACUCCGCAAAAUAUGCAGAGUCAAAUGCCCAUUCAAACUAACUCUCAGCCUGUUUCUGUUGUUCAGAGUCAACAGUUCCAGCAACAUCAAACUCAGAAUCAUCCAAUCAUGUCAGUGCAGCAAACGAGUAUGCAGCCAGUUCAACAAGUUGUGGCAAUUUCAUCACAAAAUUUUGACCAAAGCAUAGCCAGUAAUGUGUAUACUAAUCCUCAGUUUGCAACAAGUGUGAACAGUUUAACAAUAUUAGAGAAUGUGGAGAAUUCUUCGGAGAACAUAAAUGAGAACAUUAGUGCAACAGAAACAAGUGGGGACAAUCCGGAUGAUCCUGCUAAAACAAAUCCUGUUGUUAAUGCAAUAGAUAAUAAGAUCGAGCAAGCAAUGGACUUAGUGAAGAGUCACUUGAUGUAUACAGUUAGAGAAGAAGUGGAGGUGCUUAAGGAAAAAAUUGCUGAAUUAAUGGAGAGAAUACAACAGUUGGAGACUGAAAAUAACUACCUUCGUUCCCAGAUACCUAAAAAUCAUGUGCUCAGUUUGCCAACAUCUAGCACCAACACGCCUGUUGCUUCUUCUAGCACCACUACGUCUCAAAACACAGUUCCAUUAGUCACUGCAAGUCAAAGUACUAACACAUCUAACCAAAAUAAUAACACGACUGAAGUCCAGCAAUAGAUUUUGCUGUUAAUUUUUCUUUACCUUUUGUUUCGGCCAGUUGAAAAUCUGGUUUCGUAACAUAUUGUAUUUACCCUAUAUUUUCGAGCAAUUUCAAAUUAGUAGAAGUUGCACAUGCUAUAUUACAUCUUCAGAUUUUACAGGAAAUUCCUGCCCUGCUUAAUCUCUCCUAUGAUAAUUGAACCCGAAUAUAUUUGAAUAAUUCAACUAUUCAGAGAAAAUGUUUUCAUGAGAAAGCAAUAAAUAACGAAAAAACAAUUAGAUUGAAGUCAAUUUCAAUCAUUUCUUCGGAUAUUUUUGCAAUACCUCAAGAACACCAUAGUUAUGAACAAGAUGGCUCAUUCAAAACAACUGAGUUUUCAGAUGAUAAUACUGAAGAUAAAAAAAUUGAUAAGUCAAUUUUAGUUGAUGGAGAUAUUUUUUACCCAGUCGAAUCACUGCCAAUUUUUACCUCGGCUACAAUUUUAUUUUUUCUGUAGAUAGAGGAUGUUGAUCUGCAACUCAUUGAAAAAGCUUCAAAUUUUCUAAAGAUGGUUUUAUCCAGGGACGAACAAAAAUUUGUAACUCUGAAAUAUCAAACAGGUCUGUUUUCAAAAUGAAAAUGAUUUUUCAAUAAUUCACUUCAGUGUUUAGAUAUUAUGAAAAACUUUUCCCGGUCAGUUAUGAAGUCCCUUAAUUAUUUUCUUUGUGGUAAUGAUUCAAAUGAUCCAUAGAAUGUCCUAGAAACUAAAAUUGUCCUGUCUAGUAUUCAGUUUUACCAUCUAAAAUUUUUGAUCCAGGUUCUUGUUGUGGAGACAGCAUGUAUGCUCAACAUACAAUUUUGAAUUGAGGGUUUUUGAAUCUUCAAAUACAAAAGCAGGCAAAAAUUCUGGUAAUUCCCUGAUUGAUGCCAUUUUUAUUCUAAGCAAUGUUAGAUUUCAUAUUGAAGUGAACGAUUAUUUUCCUAGAUCAAAGCUCUUCACCUAAAAUAUUUAUAUAUUCAUAAUAUGACCUGAUAGUGUGGUGUCCAAAAUUAAUCCAUAGUUUUUCAUUUCAAAUUCAAGUAGGAAGUAUGUUUUACAGUAUUAAUGAGAUAUAUUUUUUCUAUAUUUUCAUCAAACAAUUUGGCACCACAACAGUUUUUUCAAAAAAAAAAAAAAGCUAGGUGACUUUCUAGUCAAUUUGCAUUCAUAUUUAUUUUUAAUUUAAUUUUCUCCAGUCUUUUAAAUGCAAUCUUUCCUCUUAAAAUUUGUUUAUUUAAAUUCUUCAUUGAUAAAAAUAUGGACAAAUGGUAGAAAGGAUGCAAAAAAUAUUUAACUAUUCAUUUGAUUUUAUUGAAAAGGUACAUGUCUGAAAAGGUUGUAAUUCUAAUGACUUUUGGAUUUUAAAUUAUUCAUUAACUAUGCCGCUUUAUUCUCUGAUUUCAAUUAUGUUAACUUCCUCUGAAGAAUUCAUUCAGAAAAUACUGGUAAUUUGAUUGUCAGAUAAAAAUUAUUAGUGAUAUCCUUCUGAAAUGAGAUUUGUGGAAGUUUUUCAUAUAACUUUUUUUGAUCGAUUCAAACUUAAUAUUUCUAAUUCAUUCAAAACUAUACUGCCAUUUGAUUCCAACUAAAAUAUCACAAAAAUGUUGUGUGGAGGUUUAUGUUAUAUUUGACAUUUUUGAUUGGCCGAUUUAAUUCAAAUUGUUGUAAAUUUUGUACAAUGUGUAAAUUAUGUAAAUUGAAGAAAAAGUGAACAAAAAAUUGAAUUGGAUAUAGCAUGAAACCAAAUUUUUAAUUUGGUGCUACUGGAACUGUGAUUAUUAUUAUUUAUUUUGUUGAUUAAUUUCAAAAUAAAUUACUAUACUAUUUUUGUAAAAAUUAAUUUCUCUGAAUGAAAUUAUAUCAGUUAUAUAAUAUACAUGUUAAAAAUAAAAUCUCUGUACGCUAUCAUAGCAAAUGUGUAAGUAAUAAAUGUAAUAAUUGUCUAUCAGUGUACAGAUUUAUGACAUUAAUAGUAGGGCAAUUUUUUAUGCAUAUUUGUUCAAUAUAAUUUCUGAGUGUUGAACUGUUGAAUAAAUCGAUCUUUCUCUAAAUCUAAGGUGACAGCUGAAAGAUAAUUGGUCCUCUGUAUAAUUGGAAAUAAGCAUUCUUUGCAAUGCUUUGUGAUGGUUUUUGAAAAUUCUCUAUACUUAAAAAUUCACAGCAUUGAACAUUAUUGAAUUUAACGAGUGAUUUAUUCACACUGCUUAUUUUCAGUGGUACUUCAUCUUAAAACUGAUAUAUUAUUUUGGUAGAAAGGCCGGGAAAUGGAUUGAAUUCUCUUAGUAUAAAUGAUAUUCAUGAUGAAAACAUCAUGUCACUUGGAAAUUGUAUAUAAUCGUUAUAUACUCCACUUUCAUUGCUGAGGCACUCUUAAAUAAAUAGGUAGAGUAUUUUCAACAUCUAUGAAAAAAAAAAGUAGAUUAUGGCUGUGUUACAAUAUGAAAUUGUUUUUGUUUAAUUAUAAAAGAAGUGUAGGGAAUAGUAUGUUAAAUAAAUAUGCAUGAGGUGAAUUGUAGAGUUUGAAUUUCUCCUAUUGAUUUAUUGCUGUAAAAUUUUUGUUUUGUGAUUGCAAUAAAUAUAUUUUUGGAGUGAAGAGACUGAUAGAAAAAUUGAAUUUGUAUGAGUAAUUUUAUAUUGUGAAUUUGUAAUGAUUAAUGCUCUUUUUCUUUGGAAAUAUUAAUUUGAACAAUUUCACAUCAAUUUGGAAUUGUUCUCCGAAUAAGCCAUUAAAUUUUAUGAAGUGCUAGUCCUGAUCUUUUAGUUUUCUUUUCAGAAAAUUUUUUAUGGAAAGAUUUAUGUGAUACGCUCAGAAUAAUAUUCCCAAGCUUUUGAGUUAGAAAGACUGGCCGAUGUUUAUUGAAGCAUAUUCAUAUUUUGUUAUUGUUCAUAUUUUAUAAUAUAAGUUCAUAUUUUGUAUUGGAGUGCAGUUAUAGUGAAGACUAUAUCUAUGCAGUUAUUUCAUUAUUAAUUCAGUUCAAUUAUUUGAAUAUUAUUGUUUUUGAUCUGACUAAAUACUGAAUAUUUCAGAUUUUCUCGUUUAUUGCCAUCACAAGGUAUGAAGAUAUGUGUAUUAAUAUUUCAUUUCCUCCUCUAUGAAUUAUAUAUAAACUAUAAAAAAAAUAUAUGUGUUGUAUUGUUUUUCUAUUGAAUACAUUUUUAUUCAAAUCACAUAUGGUAUACUAUAUUUUAUUACGCUAUUACAAAUAUACAGAAUAAAUACAAUAGUGAUAAAAAUGUGGUUUAUUUUUCAAUGUAUGUAAUAUUAUAAUUGAUGCUGUUUAAA